AAAAUGGCACGUGCUGUGGAUUUCAACACGCAAGUGACAACAUGUGGUGUUCUAGUUGCGUUCAUCAACCCUCGACCCGGACGCUAGGAUGAAAAUGCGCCCUAGAUUUUCCGUUUGUGUCAAACAAACACGUCACUUAGCGACACAUUUGUGCAGUUCUAAAAAGCAGCUGGGUCCGUUUCAAAAUGAACACUUGUGUUCCAAAUGACGCCAGUUGCUCACAAUACGGAUUAUAGGAACGUAUAAAUAACGAGGUAUGAAACAGUUUAGCUUUACAGAGCAUCAUUGGCUUUUUCUCCUCGUCUUAGAAUGAAAUUCUUCGUUGCAUCCUUGUUGAUUGCCGUCUGCCUAUCCGCUUGCGGAGAGGCUCAGGUGUCGUUGCAGCCAACUACAGUCUGUAGUUGCACCAAUACUUUGUCGACUUUGAAGCCAACCGUUACCACAUUGAGCCCCACAACUCCAAAUGCAUACUGCAACAUUGCUACGUGCCGUGUGCCUAGCGACAAUACUCUCUGCAAAUAUUCGAAUACAACCUGGGGAGCAGCUUGUUUACCAUCGUAUCCAACCAAAUCAAGCGUCAGCCCUGAUGAAAUCACGAUCAUUUUGAAAGCGCAUAAUGAUUACAGGCGGAAAGUUGCCAAGGGUCUGGAGACUAGCGGAGCUCCAGGUCCUCAACCCUCGGCGUCUAACAUGAGGCAAUUGAUCUGGGAUGAGGAGUUGGCCGUUAUGGCGCAAACGCACGCCCAACAAUGCGUAUUCAAACACGACACUUGUCGUAACGUCGCUCGAUUCCGAGUGGGUCAGAAUAUUUACAUUUCCGGGGCUUCUGUUGACAUGUUGAACCCAUCUGACUGGCCUGCAGCUAUUACUUCAUGGUAUAAUGAAGUCAAUGACAUGACGUCUGCUUAUGUUACAAGCUUCCCAAUGAGCCCACCUGCUGUUAUUGGCCAUUACACUCAAGUUGUAUGGGCUAAUACCUAUACCGUAGGCUGUGGAGUAGCUUACUAUCAAUCGACUGCUACUUUUGGUCCAGCGUAUCCCUAUAAUAGGAUCUAUGUCUGCAAUUACGGGCCAACUGGAAAUUUUAUUAAUUCCCCAGUUUAUUCCCAAGGAGCCGCUGGAUCGGCCUGCCCAGCUCCGACUUCAAACAUUGAUGGGUUGUGCGCUUGAAUAUAUGUACUGCUUUAAAACCAUUUCUAAUAAUAAGGGUUUAGCUUUGUUUAAAACAUGGUGAAGGACAUUUAAGUGGGUUAAAUACAUGAUAUAUGAGAAUCAA